AGAAUGUUCUACGUCACUCGCGCGCGGAAGUGUUUUGUGUUGAACAACGGUUUAGCAAAGUACCAAUUCGUUAAAGUUAAAAGUACCAUUUUGCGUUUUAACGUCAACAAAACAACCAACUUUCUUAGCUACUCUACAAAAUACCUGCUCAGUAGCUCCGACGCUAUUCUAAAUUAGUUUUCCGGUUGUUUUCAUGACCCGUUUUAGUCAAAGAUAGUUAGCAUGUAAGCUAGCUAACGCUUGGUUUGUUGACAAUCUGUCAACCAGGCGUCGUUAGACAACCACUUAUUACGACCGCAGGCAAAACAACAUUUUCCUUUAUCAUUGGAUACUCGGAGAAGUUUGCCUUUAAGUGAACUAACUAAAAUAUCGGUAAACAUGUGUGCUCUCUUGAAAUAGAUAUUGGCAUGUAUGGCUGCAUACCAUAUUUUAAGAUUUGCUCACUUAUUGAAGAAAGGACUGCCCAAGAAACAAGUCUGGAUAAAAUCAAAAAACACCUCAAUCGUGGUGUCAGCUCAAGUUGUAUUAAUGACUGCUCUGACAGACUUUGAACCAUUAGCAAAGAGAGUCAGGGUCGAAAUCAGUGCCCCAACAACGUCCCCUUCAUCUUCUCUCCAAGCCCCAUCUUUUCAUAUUCAGAGCAGAAAAAAUGACGCAGUAGAUCAAGAAAGGAGGCAAAACAACACAGACACGAAAAUGGAUAUACGGCCGAAGACUGGAGCAGGUGGUUUGCGAGGUGUAAAGAAGAAAGGCCCCCAACAAAAAAUCAUCUCCAGACAGACGGAGAAAUCCAGAAAUACUCUUAGUCGAUGGUUGGUUAAGCCCCAAAAAACCUCAAGUACAGAUGAAGUUAACGAAACCCAAGAGGAUGUAGAGAUGGCCGAUGAUGACAAUGGAUUUCAAAGUACCUCGGCUCAGGUUCUGGAAUGCCAAAAUGCUGAAAAGCCUGCUAUCUCUGACUCUGAUGAAGAAACACAACCUUUGACACCACAAGACCUAGUUGAAGUCAACCCUGUGUCACCAGCCUCAAAAGAUUCUGCGGGGAGUGAGCUUACGCAGACACUAUCCUGCAAUUAUGAUGAAUUUGAGAAAGAAGAAGUGAAUACAUGUCCAGCAAACUCAGAGGGCUCUGUCAAACACAAUACCAAAAUAACAGACUUCUUUUCUGGGACGUCAUCAUCGUCAGGUUUACCUGUGAGACAGGGCAGGUUUGAUAAAUCUCCAGGGAGACGAGAUGCAGACAAGGAAACUACCUCUGGUGGGGGCAAGUCUGACGUCAAAUGGCUGGGGACACCAAUCAGUGAACUAAAGAGAAUGCCUGAAUGUGGUGCACCACUUCCUCGGCUGAAGGACCUUGUUGACCAGCACACUGUGAUGAUAAGGACAGACCUUCUUCAGAAUGGAAAAGUUCCUGUUCCCUAUCCAGCUAGGUUUAAGGAUACCUGGGAUGAUGUCCAUGUCAAGAUGCCCUGUUCCAGUAGCAGCCUGUUUCCUGUACUGGAUGAGGAAACACUAGAACUGCAGAAUAAGAGUCGUUGGGAGCUGAUCGAGGAAACUUUAAACAACAGUUUUACAAGUCCAUUUGAGUUGAAGAAUGCAAUGUUGAAAUACAGUUCCUCACAAGCCAAGAAAUGGGACUUCACCGCAUUACGGUUAUACUGCACUAAGGUCCUGGAGCCUGAUGCUGCUGAACAUCUGUUUGGCUCCCUGCUGCCAGACAUGGUGCAAUUAGCACUGAGAGCAUCUGAGCUCUGCACCAAGCCGAUACCCCUCCUCAAGAGAGGCAUGAACCACUCCAUCACCAUGUCUCAGGAGCAGGUGGCAUGUCUGCUCGCCAACGCCUUCUUCUGCACGUUCCCCCGACGAAACUCCAGAAGGACUGAGUACUGGAACUACCCAGACAUCAACUUUUUCAGGCUGUUUGAGGGGGUAUCUUCAAGGAAGAUUGAGAAGCUGAAAACCCUAAUGUGCUAUUUCAAAAGUGUCACAGAGCAAACACCCACUGGACUUGUAACAUUCACAAGAAAAAGCUUGGAUAAACCUCUGAAUUGGAAAAGCUCACAGACUCAGCUCACAAAGCUCCACAUCACGUGUGAAGGGACCAUUGAGGAUGAUGGUCAUGGAAUGCUUCAGGUGGAUUUUGCCAAUCAGUUUGUGGGAGGAGGAGUCACCAGUUCUGGUCUAGUCCAAGAGGAAAUCCGUUUUCUGAUCAACCCGGAGCUUAUUGUUUCUCGCCUCUUCACUGAAGCGCUGGAUCAUAAUGAAUGUCUGAUCAUCACAGGUACACAGCAGUACAGUAAAUACUCAGGGUAUGCUCAGACCUACCAGUGGGAUGGCAGCCAUCAGGACACAACUCCAAGAGAUGACUGGCAGAGAAGAUGCACAGAGAUUGUGGCCAUCGAUGCGCUGCAGUUCAAGAGCUUUCUAGAGCAGUUUCAGCCAGAGAAACUAAACAGAGAACUCAACAAGGCAUACUGUGGUUUUGCUCGCCCUGAAGAACAAAGCCAAAACCUUGCGGCAGUGGCUACAGGGAACUGGGGAUGUGGGGUUUUUGGAGGUGACACACGUCUGAAAGCUCUGCUCCAGAUGCUGGCAGCUGCUGAGGCGGGUCGAGAUGUGGCCUAUUUCACCUUUGGUGACAGCCAGCUCAUGACAGAUGUCUACAAGAUGCACUCUUUCCUAAUUCAGAGGAAUAUCAGUGUUGGGGAGGUGUAUAAUCUCCUAGGGCAGUACUAUAGCUCGGUGUGCAAGAGCUGCCUCGGUCGGCGCCCUGACGUCAGCCUCUACUCCUUCAUCUACCAACAGGUCAGCUCCUCCCUGGCGCCAGAUGACUCCGACAGGGGCUCGGCCAGACAUCACGUCCCUGCAGACUGCCGUUAAGGUCAGGUGGCUGAUGAGUCACCGUGCCUUGUCUUUGGAAUAUGAAACAAAACUCAAUUAAAACAAAUAAUUUUUUAGCUAAUUUUUUUGUAAGACAAGUUUCUAUCAACAGUGGUGAAUAUUCCAAAUGUGGCCUCCACCACUGGCAGCUGAAAAUGACAAUCUAGCUUGCAGAUCCUUUUCUAAAAACAACUGAACUGCAGAGGGUGAUUAGUCAUGACCCUGUCAUGCGCUGUGUUCAUUUUGCUGCUGCUGGUAAUUCGCCAAUGGAUUGAGCUUCAAUACCACGCAAUUGUGAUUUUAAUGGUGAAGCAAAGGUUGCCAUCCAUCUUCUGAGUUUGUCAUGUUGCCUUUUUUUUACACCCACACAUAUCCGGCCUAAUUGAAUUGGCUGUCAGAAAUCAAGUUAAAGGAAAAGAAUAACAAGAACAGGGUUUGGAAAGCUUGGAGCGGUCUCAGGAAGGCGGUUUGAUUUAAAGAGCAGCCUGGCUCUUUGGGAAAUAAUCUCUUACCUACUGCUUUUACAAUAAAGUUCCAUAAUGGGUUCGUGAAUGCAUUUUUCAGGCUCUUUGCUGUAAGUGAUUCCAGUCCAAGAAAUAUUGACUUGAUCCAUUUGUUUCUGUAUUUUUCUAAUCAUUUCAGAGUGAAUCUGCAGAUCUUGAAUGAAGUGUGAGGUAUUUUUCUGACGGAGUUUGUUUUUCAAACAGCCUUAAUAAAACCAGUAAAUGUAAUAUUCAAAUUCUUAAUAU